CGUCGUUCGGUGCAAUAUGUGGCCAUUGACGGAAAACACCGAGCCUCAGCGGAAAGUGUUCGUACUUCUGACUACACGUGCACACCAAAACAACAAACUAUCCGUCAAAACGUGAUUGCAAGUGUUUUCCGUAAGAAGCAAACAUGGGGAAAAACAGAAAAAAGGGUAAGAAGAAAAAAACCUGCCCCAUUGAUCCUGUAGAGGAGCAGUUCAAGGGGGCGCCACACUCAUUUGUGUUUCAUCGAGGCCAUGUGGGGAAGAAUGUCAAACAGCUGGUGGCUGACACUCGCCUUCUGAUGGAACCCUUCACCGCAAAAAACCUUCAGGUGCGAAAAAAGAAUGUGCUGAAAGACUUUGUUAAUGUUGCGGGGAUGCUGCAUGUUACACAUUUCAUGAUCUUCACAAAAACUGACGUUGGUGUGUACAUGAGACUUUGUCGCCUUCCUCGGGGACCUACACUGACCUUCAAAGUGCACAACUAUUGUCUUGCAAAGGACGUGAUAUCAUCUCUACGCAAGCCUAAUCUUGAGCAAAUGCAGUUUAUGCACCAUCCUCUGGUGGUGAUGAACAAUUUCUCGGGCGAGGAAAAUCACAUCAAACUUAUGUCAUCAAUGUUCCAGAAUUUGUUUCCAUCUAUAAACAUACAUAAGGUGAAACUGAAUGAUGUGAAGCGCUGUGUGAUGGUGAACUAUCACUCGGACUCCCACCUACUGGACUUCAGACACUUCAACAUCAAGGUGGUGCCAGUGGGAAUGAGUCGGGGAGUUAAGAAGCUUGUGCAGUCUAGAGUGCCCAACCUUGGAAAGUAUGGGGACAUCAGUGAAUACAUGACCAGGGCUGGGUAUUCAUCGGAGAGUGAGGUGGAGCUGGACGGGCCCAUGAAUGAGGUGGUCCUACCACAGCACAUACGUAGUCGUGGUAACAUCAAGUCUGCCAAGAGUGCUGUCAGGUUGACAGAGCUGGGCCCCCGGCUGACCCUAGAGCUGGUGAAGAUAGAGGAGGGUAUAUGUGAGGGGCCUGUACUGUACCACGCCUUCAUCACACGCACACAGGCAGAGCUUGCUCAACAGGCAGCACUCAGAGACAAGAAACAGAAGUUAAAGGAGGCGCGUCGUCAGCAGCAGGCAGCCAACGUGGCACGUAAGGAGGAGGAGAAGGGGCAGCACAAGGAGAGAAGCUUGGAGGGGAUCAGGAGGAUACUGCAGGAAGAGAAGGGGGAUGAGGCGGUGGAAGAGCCAAACAUGCCAGACUCUGAUGAAGGAGAUGAUGAUGUAGAGUACUUCAAACAAGAAGUGGGACAGAUGCCAGAUAAAGAUUCUUUUAUUCCUGGUGGAGUGAAACGCAAGAAACAGCAAAAGUCACACAGUCCAGCAAAAAUGAAGAAAAUUGACAGUUCUAAUAAACUGUCAAAACUAGUUACAGAUAGAAAAGAUGUUAAAUUCAAUAAGGUUAAAAAUAUGGACAGUAAAACUGAUUCAGUAGUCAAAGGCAAAGGACAGAAUGACAAAAACAAUCAGUCCAAACGGGCCAAUAUGACGCCCAUGCAGAAAAUGAUGGAAAGAAAGAAAAAAAAGAAAAAAAUGAAGGAAAAGAAAAAGACGCUAAAGAUGAGAAAGGGUGGGAAGAAAAAAUGAAGGCAAUAUUAAUGAUGUGGCAAAACUGUUGUCGUUUAAUCGUUUUGAAAUAAAGACAUAGGUUAUAUGUAUAACAUGGUAUUUUGUGGUUCAAAUCCAGAAUAAGAUGCUUGAAUGUGAAGUCAAAAGUUAACAUCUUCUUGUAUUAAAAUGACCACACUAUUAA